ACGUGUCAUUACUACUUGACUGUACUUCCAUUGAAGGUUUAAGCCAAGUUGGACUGCACUGAGGGGAGCCACCCUACUAAACAGCCAUGUUGCUCUGGCCACUGUGGACUUUCAUUUUGUUGCUGAUUCCAUUGGAUGCUGCAGAAAAGGAAGAAGAUGUCCGAGCAGGGUGCAGCACAGCGGUCAAUGACUUGGUCUACAUCGUUGAUGGUUCGUGGAGUGUCGGCGUUGCAGAUUUCGACACCGCCAAGCAAUGGCUUAUCAACAUCACCAGCCAGUUUGACAUCAGUUCCCACUAUACACAGGUCGCCGUGAUUCAGUACAGUGACAAUCCUCGACUAGAGAUCCCUCUGGGAAAACACCAAAAUGCCGCAGACCUCAUCCGGGCCAUAAAAGCCAUCACUUACAUGGGAGGGAACACACAGACGGGGAGAGCCAUUCGGUUCGCUGUGGACCACGUGUUCUCCACCUCCCAGCGAACCAGCCCAGUCAAGAACCGCAUCGCCGUGGUGGUCACGGAUGGAAAAUCCCAGGAUGAUGUAGUGGAUGCCAGCAUGGAGGCACGCGUUCAAAGCAUUACAGUGUUUGCAGUCGGCGUUGGGAAUGAGAUCGCUAACUCUGAGCUAGUUUCCAUUGCCAACAAACCAUCUUCCGCUUAUGUUCUGUACGCCGAGGACUACACAACCAUUGAUCGUAUCCGAGACUCGAUGGAACAGAAACUCUGCGAAGAGUCUGUGUGUCCCACAAGAAUACCCGUGGCAUCUCGAGAUGAGAAAGGCUUUGAGUUAAUGCUGGGAAUGAACAUCCAGACCAAAGCUAAGAAAAUUCCUGGUUCUCUAGUGUCCGAGUCAGCCUUUGGUCUUACCACAGCCAGUGACAUUACUGAGAAAACCAGAGAGAUUUUCCCAGAGGGCCUUCCUCCGUCUUAUGUUUUUGUUGCCACCAUCCGUUUGAAGGGGAUCUCGGAAAAGUUAAACUUUGACCUGUGGAGAGUGCUGUCCAAAGACAAAGAGAUCCAAGCUGCGGUGAGCUUGAACGGGAAAGACAAAACUGUCACUUUCACCACGACGAGCAUCGCCAACAAGGAGCAGAAGAUUGUCUUUAAUUUGGGACUUCAGGCUCUGUAUGAUGGGAUGUGGCAUCAGCUGAAAAUCCUGGUGAGGCCCAGCCAGGUCACCAGCUUCCUUGACGAUCAACGCAUCCAGGAAAUACCUUUGGAGCCAGUGGAGCCCAUUUAUAUCAACGGGAAGACACAAGUGGCAAAAAGGCGAGGAACAGAUGUUACUGUACCUGGGUCGCACAGCAAAUCAAUCUCCUCCAUCCAACCAUGUCUUCUGCAUCUGUCUCUCUCACACCAACUACCCUCAUGUCCUCCUUCACUACAUCCAUAAACCUCCUCUUUGGCCUUCUUAUACACCUCCUACCUGGCAGCUCUAAACGCAGCAUCCUUCUACCAAUAUAUUCACUAUCUCUCCUCUGGACAUG